CGUCGGCUGCCCGCCCCCCGGCCCACGUGUGCCGCCGCGCCGCGCCGUGCCGGCUCCCCGCUGCAGUCCCGGGGCGGCGGGCGGGCGCUGCGGUGCCGGCGCAGCGGCAUGGCGGCGGCGGCGGGCCCGGGACGCGGCGGCGGCGGCGGCGGCGGCGGCUGGGGCCGGAGCCGGGGCGCCGUGCUGCUGCUCUUUUUCUCGCUGUCGCCGCGGCCACCGGCCGGGGCCGCCUGGCUGCUGGGGCUGCGGCCCGAGGACACGGCGCCGGGCCGGGUGUCCCUGGAGGGCGGCGCGGUGCAGGCGGCGGAGGGGAGCCGCUUCCUCCUGCGCCUCUACUUCCAGCCGCCGCCCGAGGGCAACGGCAGCCGCGGGCCGGCGGGGGAGCGGGAGCCGCGGCUGGUCUUCAUCGAGGAGGCGGCUCCGCCGGCGGCGGCGGGCGGCAAGGUGGCGCGGGGCCCGGCGGAGCGGUGCCGGGAGCGCAGCGCCUGGGCCUCGGACGUGGAGGUGGUGGGGCCGCUGCGCUCGGGCGGGGCGGCGGGCUCGGCGCUGGCCGAGGUGCGGGUGCGGGAGCCGCGCAAGGGCGAGGCGGCGGCGGCGCCGGGCGGGCGGCUCUUCUCGCUGUGCGCCUGGGACGGGCGGGCCUGGGCGCACCACGGGGCGGCGGGCGGCUUCCUGCUGCGGGUGCGGCCGGCCGCGCCGGCGCUGGGCGCCUGGCUGCUGCCGCUGCCCGAGGCGGGCUGGCUGCGGGCGCUGGGCGCCCUGCUGCUGCUGGGGCUGUCGGCGCUGUUCAGCGGGCUGCGCCUCUCGCUGCUCUCGCUGGACCCGCUGGAGCUCCGCGUCCUGCGCAACAGCGGCUCGGCCGCCGAGCGGGAGCAGGCGCGGCGGGUGCAGGCGGUGCGCGGCGGCGGCGGCACCUACCUGCUGUGCACGCUGCUGCUGGGGCAGGCGGGGGCCAACGCGGCGCUGGCCGGCUGGCUCUGCGCCUCGCUGCCCGGCGGCGGGGCGGCGGCCGGCGGGCCGCGGGGAGCGCCCUGGCUGCCGGUGCUGCUGUGCGCCGCCGCCGUCUUCCUGGGCGGCGAGGUGCUGCCCUACUCGGUCUGCUCGCGGCACGGGCUGGCCAUCGCCUCCCGCACCCUGUGCCUCACCCGGCUGCUGAUGCUGGCCGCCUUCCCCCUCUGCUACCCGCUUAGCCGGGUGCUGGACUGGGCGCUGCGGCAGGAGCUCAGCGUCUUCUCCACGAGGGAGCGGCUGCUGGAGACGCUGCGCGCCGCCGGCCCCCACGGCGACCUGGUGCGGGAGGAGUUGGCCAUGGUGCAGGGCGCGCUGGAGCUGCGCACCAAGGUGGUGGAGGACGUGCUGACGCCGCUGGCCGACUGCUUCAUGCUCCGUGCCGACGCCGUGCUGGACUUCGCCACCGUCUCCGAGAUCCUCCGCUCUGGCUACACCCGCAUUCCUGUUUACGAGGGCGACCGGCGCGACAACAUCGUCGACCUGCUCUUUGUCAAGGACCUGGCCUUCGUUGACCCCGAUGACUGCACCCCGCUGCAGACUGUCACCCGCUUCUACCGCCGCCCGCUCCACUGCGUCUUCAACGACACGCGCCUUGACACGCUGCUUGAGGAGUUCAAGAAGGGAAAGUCCCACCUGGCCAUCGUGCAGCGGGUGAACAAUGAAGGGGAAGGAGACCCGUUCUACGAGGUGAUGGGCAUUGUCACCCUGGAGGAUGUCAUUGAGGAGAUCAUCAAGUCCGAGAUCCUGGAUGAGACGGAUCUGUACACGGACAAUCGGAAGAAGGAGCGAGUGCCCCACCGAGGACGAAAGCCCCAGGACUUCUCCAUCUUCAGGCUCUCAGACAGCGAGAUGAAGGUGAAGAUCUCCCCGCAGCUGCUCCUGGCUACCCAUCGGUUCAUGGCAACAGAAGUGGAGCCUUUCAAGACCCCCUACCUCUCUGAGAAGAUCCUGCUGCGGCUGCUGAAACACCCCAAUGUCAUCCAGGAGCUCAAGUAUGACCGAAAGAACAAGAAGGCUGCAGAGCACUACCUCUACCAGCGCAACCGCCCCGUUGACUACUUUGUCCUCAUCCUGCAGGGAAAGGUAGAGGUGGAAGUUGGCAAGGAAGGGCUGCGGUUUGAGAACGGGGCAUUCACCUACUAUGGGGUCCCUGCCAUUAUGGCUGUCGUCUCCUCAGAUAAUGACGUGCGAAAAGUGGGGAGCCUGGCUGGAUCCUCCUUCCUAUUGCCUGUCUCGGUGUCCCGUACCUUCGCCUUCAGCAGAGGGGACUCUCUCGCUGGCUCUCCAGUGAACAGGUCACCAUCACGGUGCAGUGGGCUCAACCGCUCUGAGUCCCCCAACCGGGAGCACAAUGACUAUGGGGGCAGCACUACACAGCUCCACAGCAGCAGCAACAACAUCUACACACCUGACUACUCCGUGCACAUCCUCUGUGACGUGCAGUUUGUCAAGGUCACCCGGCAGCAGUACCACAAUGCGCUGGUGGCCAGCCGCAUGGACAGCUCGCCCCAGUCCCCCGACAUGGAGGCCUUCGACAGGGAUUCAACCAAGGCCUCGACCACGCGAGGAACCCCACAGACACCAAAGGAGGACCCCAUCGCCCUCCUGAACGAGAGGAACAGUGCCAUGUGCAGCCGCUCUGAGGGGCUGCGCAGUCCCAGCGAGUCGGUGUUCCUGCGCAUGGAGGGCAUCCCUUUCAUCCAGGAGGAGCUGGCUGACAACGAGGAGAACAGCAAGCAGCAGAGGAGUGCUGCGACCCAGUCCUGGAGGCAGAGUCCCCGGGCAGAGAGGCUGGGACCAGCUCAUCACCAAGCAGCUCUGAGGAGACGCCGGGCAGGAAGCUGCUGAGAUCCCUCAGUGAGUGACUGAUGCAGGGAGGGAGCACCCAGGGGAGAGCUCUGUCGUGGCACCCUGCUGCCCAAGUCAACUGCUCCCCAGCCCCGUCCUGGGGGACAUCCUGCAUGGGGCUGGCAUGGGGCUGAGAAGGGUAGCCCAGUUCCCUGACAGUACCCUAGCAGAUGGCAAAACCAUGCUUAGGGCUAGCUCAGGCAGAGCCAGCUGCCUGGUCCUGGCCCAGCCCUAUGCACUCCCCUGUCCUGAGCACCUUUGGCCCCCAGCACCCCAGCCCUAGGCACCCUUGCUGCUGUAGGUGGGCACAAGCAGCGGCCGUCGCCGGAGGGUGAGAAGACGCCAGAGGAGAGCUCCAAUCUUGCCCCGUUAAUUACCUGAGCAGCAGCGUGGCUGGAGCACAGUGCUGGAGGCCCACGCAGACUGGAGGUAGGAACUUGCCUCUUGGUGCCAUAUUCCUUCCCCAGCAAAUGGGAGGUUGCUCAAUUGUAAUAAUCGAGUUUCAAGCAGCAAAGCCAAAUGAUGUCGUUUGGAGCCCACACAAGCACACAUGUUGCUGGGGGCUGGAGCAGGGUCAAAGGAUGUAGCAGCAGACUCCAACCAUCCUUGGGGCAGAAAUGGAUGUCAGAGACAGGGUGAGACUUUGACUUGUGUUUUCACAGCUAGAAAUGUGUGUCUGCACCAAUAUCCUUGAGCCUGGCUAGGAAAGGUGCUGCAGGCUUGAGUGACAGCAGGUCAGGAAGGGCAAGUUCUGGCCACCUGCACCAGGCUGUACUUGUGUCUUCCAGGUCUGCAGCAUGGGGGUCUCCUGCCGCGAGGCUCAUGUUCAACAGCAGCAGGUCUGCACUCACUCGCUGCCUGCCCGCCCGCCUGUCCACUCGUGCCGCCCCUCCCUGCAGGACUUGUGCAGAGCCCCAU